AUGGAAUCUCAUACUAAAAUAAUUGAAGUUAUCUCAAACAUAGGAUAUUAUCUAUUGAAUUAUGUUGACGGAGUCGAUGCAACCAAUUUUAUUCAAGUCUUAGAGUUAAGCGGCCAAUUUUGCUCUUUAGCAACAACGGCGGAUCAUGUUUUCCUUCGAAUAGUGAAGAAAUUUAAUUCUUACGAUCCGAUUAUGAUUGCGGAAGAAGCAUAUGAGCAUUAUUUACACGAAUGCGACGUUGUUAAUUUUCGAUUGAUCUCACUUGAAAAACAUGAUUUACUAUUGAAGCAACCAGAGCAACGCCUUUUUGUGUAUCCAUGUUUCAGCAUUGAAGCAUUCAAUAAAUUAUCAAAAACUUAUCGAACACCAUUAUUUCAAUGUUACUCACGCUUGAUAUCUUUUAACACCGACUUCUAUUGUUCUGAAUAUGGACUCAUUAAUUAUGAUCUGUAUGCUCAAACAAUAGGUUCCAAUAGAAGUCUAAAUGUUCAUGAAAAGAAACUAUUCAAGGCUAGCACAUUUUUUCAAAUGCAAAAUGGUCCACAUCCUCGAACUAAUACAACUUUUGUGAAUACUGUUAAACAAUUUCGCAAAAAUUUUGAUGCUCGUUUCUCAUCUAUUUAUUGGAUUGACGCCAUCGAUUUUUCCAAGUUUGCUAUUGUUGGAGGCUGUGUACUCAAUGCGUUAUGUCACUCGCCGUUUCCAGACACUCGAGAGCAAGAUAUUAAUCUGGUUUAUCCAUUAGGAUAUUCUUUUGAUUUCGAAGCAUCGGUAAUGCAGUGCAUUGACAUUUUGCGAGAUAUCACAGCACAAUACUCGAAACAAGAGAUAAUUAUUGAGCAAACACCUGGUUCACUUCGUUAUGAUAUUCAUUUACCAUGUGGUAUCAAACUUAAUUUUUUCUAUAUCGCUGCUACUCAACAUUUCAAAAAUUCACUCUGGUCAAUUCUUAAUAGCUUCGACAUAGACUUAUGUCAAGUGGGAUACACAGGAAAACAACUCGUCAGUACAUUUGCUUUCUUACAAGCUGUAGCAACAAAGUCAUUUAUCGUUUAUAGUUUACAUGGUGGAAUUACAAAAGAAGUUUAUAUACGAAUUGAAAAGUAUAGUAAACGAGGAUUUACUCUAUUAGAACCCAUCAAUUUCGAUGGUAAUUUUACUUUAAUAAUGAAGAAACCUAGUCUUCCAUUAUAUCGUGCCGAACAUCGAAAUUUCAUCGAUGACGAUGGAGAAAUUCAAACUGCAACCGUCGAGUAUUGGCGACAGCCUGCACGCAAUAUUGAUACUUUUGACAUUCAAGAGCGGUUCAUUGCUGCUCUUUAA